UGCGCGACAGCAGAGGCGGAGCUCCCACCGACAUGUUCAUUAAGGGCCGGCCUCCGCGGGCACCUCCCAGAGGGAGACUGAGCUCUAACCGCGGCAGGCGGAGGCAGGCAGGCGCAGCCCCGCCCCCGGCCCUGGGCUCCACCUCCAGGGCCCACUUCCGCCGGGCGUGCGCCUGUAGGCGCCGCUGCCGUCAGUCGGGCAGGCGGUCUGCGGCGUCACGGAAGAUGGCGGCCGCGGCGGUGAACGGGGCGGCGGGUGCCUCGGGCUCGGGGCCUGCAGCGCCCUCGGGCGCAGUCCUGCAAGCCGCGGCCGGCAUGUACGAGCAACUCAAGGGCGAGUGGAACCGUAAAAGUCCCAAUCUUAGCAAGUGCGGGGAAGAGCUGGGCCGUCUCAAGCUGGUUCUGCUGGAGCUCAACUUCCUGCCAACCACAGGGACCAAGCUGACCAAGCAGCAGCUCAUUCUGGCCCGUGACAUACUGGAGAUUGGGGCCCAGUGGAGCAUCCUACGCAAGGACAUCCCCUCCUUUGAACGCUACAUGGCCCAGCUCAAAUGCUACUACUUCGAUUACAAGGAGCAGCUCCCAGAAUCAGCGUAUAUGCACCAGCUCUUGGGCCUCAACCUCCUCUUCCUGCUGUCCCAGAACCGGGUGGCUGAGUUCCAUACCGAGUUGGAGCGGCUGCCUGCCAAGGAUAUCCAGACCAACGUAUACAUCAAGCAUCCUGUGUCGCUUGAGCAAUACCUGAUGGAGGGCAGCUACAACAAGGUGUUCCUGGCAAAAGGCAACAUCCCUGCCGAGAGCUAUACUUUCUUCAUUGACAUCCUGCUCGACACUAUCAGGGAUGAGAUUGCUGGGUGCAUCGAGAAGGCUUAUGAGAAAAUCCUCUUCACUGAGGCAACCCGGAUCCUCUUCUUCAACACACCCAAAAAGAUGACAGACUAUGCUAAGAAGCGAGGGUGGGUCCUGGGCCUCAACAACUACUACAGCUUUGCCAGCCAGCAACAGAAGCCAGAAGAUACCACCAUCCCCUCCACAGAGUUGGCCAAACAGGUCAUCGAGUAUGCGAGGCAGCUGGAGAUGAUCGUCUGAGCCUGCCAGGCACUGGGGUGGGGAGGGCUUGUAUUAUUUAUAGCAGUUGAGGUGCAGGGUUUCCUCCAAUAAACGUGGAUUGAUAGUCACUC